CUGCCGGGGCGCCGGGCGCUUGGGGCGGCGUGCGGCGGCGCUGCCAGCGGCUGCUCUACUGGGUGCCGGUGCUCUUCAUCUCCAGCAUCCUCUGCUGGUCCUACUACGCCUAUGUCACCCAGCUCUGCCUGCUGACAAUGACAAAUAUCGGAGAAAAAGUUGUGUGCCUGGUUGCUUACCACAUAUUUUUCAUGCUGUUCGUCUGGUCAUAUUGGAAAACAAUCUUUACGCUACCAAUGAAUCCUUCAAAAGAAUUUCAUCUGUCAUAUUCAGACAAGGAGUCCCUGGAGAGGGAGCCUAGAGGUGAAUCCCAGCAAGAAGUCUUAAGACGAGCAGCCAAGGACCUUCCUAUCUAUACACGGACAAUGUCUGGAGCAAUCAGAUACUGUGACAGAUGCCAUCUUGUAAAACCAGAUCGUUGCCAUCACUGUUCAGUAUGUGACAAAUGCAUUUUGAAAAUGGAUCAUCACUGCCCUUGGGUGAACAACUGUGUAGGAUUCUCCAAUUACAAAUUUUUUCUUCUUUUCUUGGCUUACUCACUACUGUAUUGCCUUUUCGUUGCUGCAACAGAUUUGCAGUACUUUAUAAAGUUUUGGACAAAUGGCCUUCCUGAUACUCAAGCCAAGUUCCACAUCAUGUUUUUAUUCUUUGCUGCAGCUAUGUUUUCUGUCAGUUUGUCUUCUCUCUUUGGGUAUCACUGUUGGCUUGUCAGCAAGAAUAAAUCUACAUUAGAGGUAUUCAGAGCUCCCAUAUUUCGUCACAGAACAGAUAAAAAUGGCUUUAGCCUGGGCUUCAGCAAAAACCUAAGGCAGGUGUUUGGUGAUGAGAAGAAAUACUGGCUGCUGCCUGUGUUUUCAAGUUUAGGGGAUGGUUGCUCCUUUCCAACUUGCCUUGUUAAUCAGGAUCCUGAGCAAGCUUCCACACCUGGUGGACUUAAUUCAACAUCCAAAAAUGAGAACCAUCUGUUUCCUGCAAAGCCCUUGUGUGAUUCCCAGAGCCACCUACUUACAGAUACACCAACUUGGUCAGAAACAGCUGCAAAGGCUGAAAAGGGCAAAGUUGGUAUGAGCAAUCCUGCAUUAACCAUGGAAAAUGAAACCUAAUUUCCCUUAAAAGAACCAUCUGAACAUGUAAGGAAAGUUUAAGAACAAGCUGUUGUUGGAAGGAAGAUCCAUUCUUCCAAAUAUCAGCCCUGUUGGCCAGCUGCUCCUGUCUGCUCCUCUAUGGAUGUGCUCAGAAAACAAACUGACAGAUGAUUUGCUGUCUCCAUGUCACUGCUUGAAACAUGAAACUAAACAUACUACUUUUGAACAAUAUAAAGGAUGUUUCAACUUAAAAUUACUGGGUUUGAGUGGUGAAGGAUGAUUGAGUACAAAAAAGUGGAAAAAAGAAGAGUAUGCGUUUACAAUUGUAAAAUUUCAAUGGCUGGUUUUAUUUUGAUAUUCAGCACAAGAAAAUGUGAUCUCCUUACUAUCAGUUCAUGUUCUUGGCUGGUUUUGAAAAUUCACCUUUUAAUUCAAAUUGUUGUAAGUAGUUGAUUUUAAAAUCACAUAUUUUGCACUACUGGCUUUAUGAAUAGGGAGAACAGCAGGUGUUGAUUAGGAAUAGUUCAGUGGCUUGGUGGGCUAUAUUUUCUUUUGAGCCCUUGAUAAGCAAUUUUUGACGCUAAGAAGAUAAAAAUUAUGUGUGUGACUAUUUUUGAGACAUUUAUUUGGAAAACGUUAUUGUAAAAGCUCUGUUUUCCCUGAGAUCUGCACUACCAAUAGUACGAAAAGUUGUUGAGAGGGAAGAAAAUCCAUUGGUUAAUUGAAUGCUACGGUGGGCCACUGCUCAGUGAUGUGAUAAAAAGCCUGUGUUCAGAUGGGUAAUAAGUAAAUGAAACCAGCCAGCUGGGGAUUUUGAUGGGAUUUUAUUGUCCCAUUUGGAGCUCUUAUUUAGGAAGCUUUGAUCCAAAAGGCUUUUUACCAACCUUUGUUAAUUACUGAAGGCCACUGUCUUUCAAACUCCUAAUUUCCUAUUAAUCAAUAUUUGUCUCAGAUUUCUUUUUUCACUUUUUCUUCAAGACACUGCCUUUCUUACUGCAUAACUUAAUGAAUACCAUAUACUAUUAUAACUUCUGAUAUUUGCAUUUACAGGAUAAUGGACUUUCGAUUGCAAUACCAAAAAGCCAAGCUGCUGCACAUAGGAAAUCCCAUUCAAUUAAGUUAGGAGCUAGCAGCUUUCUUAGGAUCAGUUUACUGACCAGAAUAAAAGAGGCAUUUUUGGCUUUCAAAGUCAAGGAAGUUUCAGCAACACAAAUCUAAUUGUCUUGUGCCUUUUGUAUACACUACAUUUAUGGUAUCAGUGUUUACAUUUAAAUGCAGAUUUCUGUUCUGAAAACAACUUUGGGAGGAACUUAGUUAUGCUUUCUAGGGGGCUAGAUAAAAAGUUAAAAAAGAAAAAUGAAAACCUCUCAGAUUAUGCUGAGUUUGGCUGAAAAAGGAAAGUGCUUCUAUUAUCAAACCUGAGUUACUUAGUAGGUUGGUUAACACUGUAAAGGUGCCAGUCAUUUGUUUAGGAAACUGGCAGCAAGACUAAGUGAUAUAAUUCUGAAAGCAAGGUAUGCUAUCAUUAACUCUUCUACCAGCAGGUGACUUCAAAAUUUGUCUUUCUUGGGUUUUAAGUGAUAGCUGGUGUAGUAAAUUGUGUUUUUUUCUCUAGUGAGGGAAAAUGUAUUUAUUUUACUUUUCUCUUUAAUCUAAAAAUUUUACCAGCCUGAAAACAUCUAUUUAUUGCCAGAAGUGCCAGAGUGUGGAUCCCUUGAUGUAGAGCACCUUUUUUAAACUAGCAUGAAGGUAGCAUACAGUUUACAUGAUGCCUGCAGAGAUCUAGUUACCAAAAGAUUUUUUGCAGCUCUUUAUUCAGUGUUGUUCUGUCAGCUUACCUCAUAUUCAUGUUUGUUUAAAGGCGAACUUGUCAAGGGAUAAGGGGGAGAGGGAAAAUAUAUUUUUUAACACUUCAGGUUCUCUAUCUGUAGAGUCUUGUUUUUUAUGCAGUUAUUCAGAGGGUGGUUUGUCAUGGAGCAUGCAUUUAAAAAUGCUGAGUAGAAAGUUGAAAUUCAGCUUCAGUGUAUCUUGCGCCAUAUUUUUAUGUAAAAACAAAAAAAUUUCUUCCCAGCAAAACACAUCAUGGAAGUGGGUCUAUCUAAUACAGAUGUCAGUCUCUCUGUGUCCAGGGCUCUGAGAUCUUUCAGUAAGGCUGGGGAUCAAAGUAGAGAAAGGAGAGGAAUAAAGGAUCAAGAAAUCCUGGCUUCUCUAUGUCUCAGAAGUCUCACUUGGAAAGCACAAUCGCCCUAAAUAAUCUGCAGUUUUGUUGCAGCCAGAAGCUGUCCCCCUCACAGAAAACUGAUGGAGGCAUGGAAAACAGACACUGAUGAAGGGAGGAGAAUGGGAAAGAAAGGAUGGUAGCUCAGUGGUAAAUAUUGAGGAGAUCUGUGCAUGAGGGCUGUAGCUACAUUUGGAUGGGCAUGAGCUGUGUCUCCAUGAAGAGCACCGUCAGCAGGCUUUGAGGGUUCCUGGCAGUUCUCACUGUGUAGAGUAUGGACAAAAUCGAGCUAGUCAUGCUCCAGGUAUAAUUUCUGGUGAUAUGACUGUACUCUUGGCUUUAAACUUUCUAAUACUUUCUAUAACAAAGUGAAAAUUCUCUUUUUGACAUACUGACCGUUGUCAGUGUUACAAUGCAUGCAGGAGAAUUCGCGAAGAAGUCAGGGUAGCAAGAAUGCAAUGUUGUUUGUCUGCUUACACUGAUUCUCCUGUCCUUUAUAUUCUUGCUAGGCACUUUACUACAGCCUUUUGUGUAAUUUCUGUAUUUUUUUAAUGAGUGCUUUUUACCUACUGUACAGUUACUAAUCUACUUUUUUGCUAAAAAGAAGAUAAUAUCCCUGAUAUUAGUCUAGAGGUAUGACUGCAUUUCAGGCUUUAGUGGAAGCUGGAUGAGUUCUGCAGACUCCUCAGAUGGGCCUGAGUCCCAAAUGACAACAGAGUUAAAUUUAUUUUGUAUAUAUGUAAACAGUCAUAUGAACCAUAGCUCCCUAUAUGUGUAAGAAAUUUCUUUUAUUUGUAGGUUAGAACAAAUCCAAAACAUCUCAGAAUCCAGAAGUAGUCCACAUAUACUCUAUAUCAGUAGAUGUACUGGUGAUGGAAUACUCAAAGUCUUCACAGAGAACUAUUUUUGUUAAGAAAAUGGAACACAAUCUUUGUGAGCAGUUAAGAUACAGCUGCUGUUAUGCACUUUAAUUCUUUAACUGGAGAGAAAAAAGACUGUCCAGUUUAGGUUACAGACUGAAAGUUCUUUAGUAGACUAUGGCUGGGCAGGUAAUGAAUGAAACAAAAUCAGAGUGGCAAAGGUUGGAAGGGACCACCACUGGGGUUAUCUGCUCCCUGCUCAAGCAGAAUCAUCCUAGAGCACAUUGCACAGUAUGAAAUACAGAUGUUCUUGAGUAUCUCUUGUGAGCGACACUUCAGAAAGGAAACAAGUUUUUUUCAGUGUGUGGAAUGCUGUAGCUGUUUUUCAUCAUUAUUUGGACUGAGAGUUCUUCCCCUGGUUCGGUUGACUGGUGUGUGGAGGGGUGGGAGGAAAUAUAUUUCGACAUAAAUUUAGUGUAUAACUUUGCCACUUGUAAAUGUAUUGCUCACAUAAAUAAAUGCUUCAUGUUCAGCA